ACUCAUGGACACAAAGAAGGGAACAACAGACACUGGGGCCUGUGAGGGUGGAGGGUGGGAGGAGGGAGAGGAGCAGACAAAAUAACGAUUGGGUACUAGGCAUAAUAUCUGGGUGGUGAAAUAAUCUGUACAACAAGCCCUGGUGACAUGAGUUUACCUGUAUAACCUGCACAUGUACCCCUUUUAACCUAAAAUAAAAGUUACAUAUAUAAUGUGUGUGUGUGUGUAUAUAUAUAUAUGUGUAUGUGUGUAUGUGUAUAUGUAUAAGAUAAUCACAAGAACAGUAGAAAUAGAAUGUCUAACUUUCAUAUCAGUUAAUUGGAAAACAAGAAUAAGAAGUUAUUGAACCUAACAGUAAUCAGGAGAGAAGAAAAACAGAAGCAUAGAAAAGACAUAGUAAUUAGAAAGAAAAUAAUGGAAUAAAUAAUGGGUGCAAUAAAAUUAGUAAUCAUAAGUAUAAUUUAUUAACAGAUAUAAUGUUUAACAUCUGUUAGAAGAUGGAGAUUCCUCCGUGCUAUUUAUAAGAGACUUUUGAAGCCAAAUAACACAAAGUAAAGAGGUAGAAAAAGAUAAAUCAGCAAGACACUUUAAAAAAUGAGAGCUGGACUUAGAGAGUGGGGACAUCCUGCUUCGGAGCGGGAAUCUUCGUUGCACCAGUGACUAAGGAGAGAAUUAAAUAUGGGUGAUGUUGAGAAAGGCAAGAAGAUUUUUAUUAUGAAGUGUUCCCAGUGCCACACCGUUGAAAAGGGAAGCAAGCACAAGAUUGGUCCAAAUCUCCAUGGUCUCUUCGGGCAGAAGACAGGUCAGGCCCCUGGAUGCUCUUACACAGCUGCCAGUAAGAACAAAGGCAACACCUGGGGAGAGGAUACACUGAAGGAGUAUUUGGAGAAUCCCAAGAAGUACAUCCCUGGAACAGAAAUGAUCUGUGUCGGCAUUAAGAAGAAGGAAGAAAGGGCAGACUUGAUAGCUUAUCUCAAAAAAGCUACUAAUGAGUAAUAGUUGGCCACUGCCUUAUUUAUUAUGAAACAAAUGUCUCAUGACUUUUUUGUGUGUACCAUACUUUAAUAGAUCUCAUACACCAGAAUUCAGAUCA